GCUGUGCGGAUGUGGGGCUGCAGGGCUGUGCUUUGCGUGUGGGAGGUGCGACUGGCUGGGUUCCUGGGAAGGAGACUGCUGAGCAGCAACGCCGCCUCGGGGAAGAGCGGUGCGGGCCGGUGUUGGAAGUGCGGCAGCCCGGGGGGUGUGGAGAGUGGGGAUGGGCUCUUCUGCCAUCACUGCCGCGCCUUGCAGCCUCCUGAUCAGACUCGGGACUACUUCAGCCUCAUGAAUUGCCACCGAUCCUUCAGGGUUGACGUCGUGAAGCUUCAGCGCAGGUACCAGCAACUACAACGUCUCGUCCACCCAGAUUUCUUCAGCCAAAAGUCUCAGACUGAAAAACACUUCUCAGAGAAGCAUUCGACCUUGGUGAAUGAUGCCUAUAAGACUCUUCAGUCUCCCCUGAGCAGGGGACUAUACCUUCUAAAGCUCCAAGGAAUAGAAAUCCCUGAAGGAACUGAUUAUGGAACAGACGGUCAGUUCCUUGCAGAAAUAAUGGAAAUCAACGAGAAACUCACAGAUGCUCAGAGUGAGGCUGCUAUGGAAGAAUUAGAAUCCACUGUCAGAGCGAAACAGAAAGAAUUUACUGAUAGUGUAAACAGAGCUUUUGAACAAGGUGAUUUUGAAAAAGCCAAGGAAAUUCUAACAAAGAUGAAAUACUUUUCAAACAUAGAAGAAAAGAUCAAGUUAAGCAAGAAUCCCCUCUAGUUGCUAAUUUAAAGUUUGAAAAAUAAACUUUUUAUGUAUUUCU